AUCCCUUUUCCCCUGGGUUUAAGUUAAAGUCUCACUGAGAAUGCUGUGCUCUUUGCUGCUUUUACAAAAUCACAGGGAAGAGUUCCAUGGCUGUGGAUGUCGAUGGAAAGUCUCAGGGGAAUCAACACCACAAUGUCUGAUGUCUGGUCUUUCGGUGUCGUCCUGUGGGAAAUCGUCACACUCGGCAAGCGACCUUACGCUGGAGUUACAGGCAUUGUGGAACUUUACACCACGUUGCUAGAUGGUUUUAGACUAGAGAAACCACCGCACUGCUCUGAAAUAAUGUAUGACAUUAUGCUUCAGUGCUGGCAAGAGACUCCGGAGGAUCGUCCAACUUUUAAAGAUCUUCAUUCAAAACUCCACUCGAUCUUGUGCGAGCCCGCGGUAUGGAUAAGUUGA